UAGUCAUAAAGGGAUCAACAAAGAAGAAGCUUGUGUGUUCUAUGAAACAACGGUAUCAGCACUGGGAUGAGUUAUAAUUAAUCCAGCCUAAUACUUAGUAAAGGUAACAGUAACAGAACCUAACAAUAAAAACUUUACAAAGAUUGACAGACAGUAAAGAAAACAUCCCUAUCAAUUGUAAUUCUUCGUUUGACCCUAUAAAUCUAUGAUCCAAGAUACUUCUAACCCCACGACCAUCUAUAAUCUCUUUUUUUAUAAGGCAAUUGGCCCAUUUCACCUUUGUAAACAUUGUUAAAAGAAAUGUAAUAAUUGAUUUAGACUCCGGGCGCCGCUGUUCACCAUUCAGGAAGAGAAAUGCAGGGAGAGAGCCUGCCUAAUUCUCCCAGGUCCUAGUGCACAAAGCACCGGAAGACCCAACCCACACACUCACGAAUGCAGAGAAACACAGCCUCCUAACCUGAAGCUCCAGAUAUAGCCUCUGGACACAGACCACCAGGAAAACAGAGGAGUCACGAGUCAAUCACAGACAGCAGCAGGAAGAAUAUUUCUCAGAGAAGCAAUGGUCUCUUGGCAAAAACACCAGGAUGGUAGAGGCCGAAUCCUGCUUUGUUUUCUUCUAGGGCUGCUAUGGGACACCCUGACUGCGCAAAUCCGCUAUUCGAUUCCCGAGGAGAUGGAGAAGGGCUCUUUCGUGGGCGACAUCGCCAAGGACCUGGGGUUGGAACUUCAGGAAUUGUCGGAACGAGGGGCCCACAUUGUUUCCAGAGGUAAGAAGCAGCAUUUCGCUCUCAGUGUCAGAAGCGGCAGCUUAAUCACCGUGGAAAGAAUAGACAGGGAAGAACUCUGCUCCCAAAGGGUCCAGUGCCUUUUGAAUUUUAAUAUUCUAAUUGAGCAUAACUUGAACAUUUAUUCAGUGGAGGUAGAAAUAACCGAUGUGAAUGAUAAUGCCCCUCGCUUUCGAGCAGAGGAGCUAGAACUAAAAAUCAGUGAAACCACAACUCCGGGAACACAAUUUAUCCUAGAAAGUGCUUAUGAUCCAGAUCUGGGAAUGAAUUCGGUCCAGGGCUAUGAGCUGAGCCCCAACCAUCACUUCUCUCUUCAAGUACAAAGUAGACCUGAAGGAGUCAAGUACCCAGAACUGGUACUGGAGAGGCCCCUGGACUGGGAGGAAGAGCCUGUUCACCACUUCAUGCUUAUAGCAUGGGAUAGGGGAGAACCAGUCCGGUCUGGCACUGCUCGGAUCCGAGUGACUGUCCUGGAUGCAAAUGACAAUGCACCAGUGUUUACUCAACCAAUUUAUACCGUGAAUGUUCCUGAGAAUGUACCUCAGGGGACAGUGCUGCUUAUAGUGAAUGCCACAGAUGCAGAUGAGGGAAUCAAUUCUCAGGUAAGAUAUUUUCUAGUAAAAAUACCUGGGAAGAACUCAGAAAUAUUUCAACUGAAUUCUGUGACUGGAGAACUUCUAACCUUACAAAAUCUGGACUAUGAAGAUGCAGAAUUCCAUGAAAUGGAAGUAGAGGCCCAAGAUGGACUUGGUCUCAGGAGCAGAGCGAAAAUUCAUGUCACUGUUGUAGAUGUGAAUGACAAUGCCCCAGAAGUAACUAUCACCUCUGUCACCAGCUCAAUCCCUGAAAAUGCUCCCCCUGGCACUAUCAUUACUCUGUUCCAUGUGCAUGAUAGAGACUCUGGCAAAAAUGGUCAGGUCCUGUGCUCGAUCCCAGAUGACCUGCCUUUCAAAUUAGAAAAGAAGGUGGACAACUAUCAUUCACUGGUGACUGACAGGGCUCUGGACAGGGAACAGGUGUCUGAGUACAACAUCACAGUGACUGCAGUAGACUUUGGGGGCCCACCUCUGUCUACAGACACUCACAUCUUCUUACAUGUGGCAGACAUCAAUGACAACCCACCCACUUUCAGUCAGUCAGCCUACUCUGCCUACAUCCAGGAGAACAACCCCAGAGGAGCUUCCAUCUACUCCUUGACUGCCCAUGACCCAGACAGCCAGGAGAAUGCCUUAGUCACCUAUUCCCUUGUGGACAGUAACCUCCCCUUGGAGGCACCACCACUAUCCUCCUAUGUCUCCAUCAACUCAGAGACUGGUGUGCUCUAUGCUCUGUGCUCUUUUGACUAUGAACAGUCCCAGGAGCUUCAGCUGAGAGUGACAGCCAGGGAUUCUGGGGACCCUCCUCUCAGCAGCAAUGUGUCCCUGACUCUGUUCAUCCUGGAUCAGAAUGACAAUGCUCCAGAAAUCCUGUACCCUGCCUUCCCCACAGAUGGCUCCAGUGGAGUGGAGCUGGCCCCACGCUCUGCAGAGCCAGGCUACCUGGUGACCAAGGUGGUGGCAGUGGAUGCAGACUCUGGCCAGAAUGCCUGGCUAUCCUACCAUCUGCUCAAGGCCACAGAGCCAAGGCUCUUCUCUGUGGGCCUGCACUCAGGGGAGAUCAGGACUGUCCGGGCAUUCCUAGACAAAGAUGCCCUCAAGCAGAAUCUCCUUGUGGCAGUGACAGAUAAUGGGGAACCUCCCCUCUCUGCCACCAUCAGUGUCACUGUGGCAGUGGCUGACAGCAUCCCUGAGAUCCUCUCAGACCUCAGCAGCCACCCUGCCCCUGAGUCCCAGGAUGACUCUCUCCUCACAUUUUACCUGGUCAUAGCAGUGGCUGUGGUUUCCUGCCUGUUCUUUACCUUCAUUGUCCUGCUGCUGGCUCUCAGACUGAGGAAGUGGUGGAUGCUUCAAGUUGUACAGUCUGCAGCUGACCAUGUGGGGGGAGUGUCCUCCUCACAGUUUUUGGGAAUAGAUGGAGUGAGAGCUUUCCUUCAGACCUAUUCCCAUGAAGUUUCUCUCACCAUGGAUUCUCGGAAGAGUCAGUUGAUCUUUCCUCAGCCCAACUAUGCAGACACCUUGAUAAGUCAGCAGAGUUGUGAACACAAGAAGGAGUCUCCAUUUCCUGCUCAGUCUUUACUUCAAGGAAAAGAUGAACAAACAUCUUUCCAGGUAAACUUUGUUCUGUAAAAUAGACUUGCAAAUUGUUUGCCUGAGAUUCGUGAUAUUACUUUUCUAUUUUUACUGUUCACUUGAGAGGUCCAAUCCAUCUUAUAAUUACUCUGCAUAUAUGAUCUAAGAGCUCAAUUCCAGUAAACCUAUUACUGUAUAGCAUAUCAUAGAUCGAUUCAAGGUAUCAUGGGCAUAAUCCAAUCAAAUCCAAAGGGAUGGAAAAUUCUAUCCAAUGAAUUUAAAUUAUUUUCCCAAGGUCUCCCUUUUCAUUAGAAAUUGCUCCACUGACCUCAAAUGUAUAACUGUGUCUGAGAUUAUAAGUUUAAUACAUUUAAUACAUUACAAGGUUUAAUAUAUUUCUUAAUCCUCAAAUACUUUAAAAAUGCAUUGCACAUAAAUAUACAUGCAUAUGUAUACACCUAUGCACAUAUAUAUUUGCAGGUAUACAUAUAUUAUAUCCUAAAUAUAUAUCAUAUGUCCUAAAAAUGAGCCUUCAAAUCAAUGCGUACUAUAAAGGAUUGUUGUAGUAGCUGAAAUAUAAUAUUUCGUUUCAUGAGAAACAUAAUUCUCAUUCUUUUAGACAAAGUGAAAUGAGUGGAUUAUUUUUCCUUUUUGCAUUUUUACAAAUUAUUUCCCUAUUUUGAGAUGUGUAUAGUAUGGUUGGAUUUUGUGCAUAUGUUUGUUAGAUGAGGGAAAGAUACAGAGAGUAGAGUUUCACUCUUUUGCAUUCAUUUAAUUUGCUAUAGGGACUUUCUUAUUAUAACUUUACAAAUAUUUAUUUUACUAAAUAUUGACUCUGGAGAUUGGUAUCUGUGAAAUUUUAGUCUUUAUGCAGAGACAUAAUUUAGUUUUGAAUCCACAAACACAGGAAAAUGUUUUUCUCCUUUGAUCAGGAAUUGGACAUUUAAGGAAUAAUGCCACACUGUCAUAUCUUACAUUUUCUCAAGGGGCCAUCACUAUACUCCAUAUAACAAGAAUUUCUAUGUCUACCAUCUGAGGCCAACUUAGAAAAAUAUAGAGAGAUUUGUUAUCCUUUUUCUUAGAAACAUCAGAUCUUUGAAAUACUGGAGAAUUUUCUAUGUUCAAUUGCUCAGUCAUGAUAGUCAAUGUUGCUUUUGAUUUCUUUCUCAUUUCUAAAAACAGCAUUUCAUUUCAGUUUGUCAAACUUUACAUGAACUGAGGUUACUUUAAAUUGUUUUGAGACCUUAACUUCAUAUCCCAGUAGGCUAGAGUCAAUGGAUAAGUCCAAGAUUAUAUUCAUCAUGUUGGGGACAGACAGAUAGAUAGAUAGAUAGAUAGAUAGAUAGAUAGACAGACAGACAGAGAGAGAUAGAAAACAC